UGUUGGUAGUGCACAGCUGAUUUUUGUGUUGCGGCUGCAGUGACAUAACCCCAACAUUUUGCUUAAAACUAUAUUUUAAGCAUUUAAUUUUACUGACUGAAAAUGUCAUCGUAUAAAUACAGCGAGCUCAUUAAGCUCGGUACACAAUAUGCACGGCGUAUGAAUUAUCUGUCGAAUCGGAUAUUUGGCGAAGUGGCGCGCACAACAAACGACAAGUCAAUGAAGGUUGUUCGCAUGUUCUCUGAGGAGCCCAUACAGAAGCGUGAUUAUGUUGUCAACUGGUAUCCGCGUCACGUGGAGACGCAUCUACUCAUGAAGAAUCUACGCGAUUAUGGAUUGUUCCGUGAUGAGCACCAGGACUUCAAGGAGGAGAUGAAGCGACUGCGCAAGCUGCGCGGCAAGGCGCCGCCCAAGAAGGGCGAAGGCAAACGUGCUUCCAAGAAAUAGACAUAAUAAACAAAAUUAUAUAAUAUAAACGUAA